UUGAGUUUGAGCUGGUUGAAAAUAGCCAGUGAAUUUCAAGAAGACGAGGUUAAAUGGAAACAGAUUCAGAUUGUGCCCCGUCUGGAUGCCGCUUCGGACUGUUGUGCCGUGCAUCACCUUCGCGAGAACGCAGCGGCAGUGACGUACGCCUACAUUGUGGAAUUCUCGCUGCGCGGCCGCUGGUUCCGGUCGCGGGUGCGGGUGGCGGCGCCGCUCGCCUGUUUCCCUACCGGCCACCUGCGCAGUAUGCGGGUGCGCAGUGACCCUCCCCAGGACAGCCGCUGGUUCGGCGCCCGGCUGAACCCGCCGGUGCCGUACCUGCUGGUCGGCCCGGCGGACCUGCUGGUCGAGCUGUGGUUCCACCUGCCGCCACGCUGGACGGCCGACCAGUACUCGGCCUGCGACGCCCAGCCGCACGGAGACACGCUCUCCUUCCCCGGUCUGAGUCUGAGUGGGGGCAGCGAGCCGCGGCCGGUCACAGUGCGACUGGAACUCUGGGAGGGCCAGCACACCCUCAGCUGCUCUCGCCGUGAGGUGAUCCACUGGACCGACUCCCCUGCCGACCCGUCCACCGGCCCGCCGCCGCCGCCGCGCCGCCCGUCCCAUCACGAGCUGAGCCGAGUCGUGAAUGUGUCACUGAGCUGUGGCCACCUCGGCCCCGGUCGGCGCACACUGCGCCUGUACGACGACUCGGCUACCGACCCGCACUGGUACGAGGUGCCCCUGCUGUUCGUCAGCUGGUACUCUGAACCCGAGGAGGGCAGCAGCGGCGACUUCUGGCGGGUCGAAGACGCCGCCCCGCUGGACGAACUCACCCCAGAGAGCCCGCCCGCUACCGACACGCCUCCAGUUCGACACGACGCAAACGAACUGUGAACAAAACUAUGUCUCAUCGAAGACAAGAGGAGUCGCAAGUGGAGUCGACCCAAUUAGGACAGAGCCUCAUUAGCCUCAAUCAGCAUUAGAUGAACGAUAUCAGUGGGGAUGAGCUUUUGGCUCCGCGAUGUCGAGUAGUGGUCGAAACACGCUAGUCCCAUCGAGCGUAAUGAUUCUAAACGGGUAGCAUGUGACUUGGCAACGCGAUACAAGUACUCAUUUGCCUUAUUCGAUGUGAUACCAACCUUACUAGUCCAUAAGCAGGGUUCGAUGUUCGUCAGUGUCGUAUUUUUGUUAUCCGUUGUACUGUUUGCAUGUAUUGGGUCCAUAGCCAUUGCUGUUUGUGUAUUGCGUAAUCUUGGCCAUUUAACUUCGUGCUAACAUAACGUCCGCCAUAUAACACUCGUCUCAAGGUGCCUUGUGGUCCCCGCGGUACGGUACCGCACGGCAAAGAGCCAAAUUACAUUUUGUAAUUGAUGAUCGUGGAAAUAAAGUGGAACGGUAUCA